AUGAAACGUUUCUGGAAGUGGGUUGUGGAUCAAAAGAUUAGCACCAUCCGAAAAUGGCAAUCAGUUGUGUUGCAUCUGGAUCAUGAUCACGAACAAGACGGAAGACAUUUGAAACCUAUCGGCGGAAGCGAUGAUGAAUUGGAACGGAAGCAAAAACAAAAUUCAAAGAUUUUUCAAGAGGAGAAUAACCACCACCGAUCGAGCAUUUCGUUACAAGAUUUUGAUAUUGAAUAUGGGAAUGAACCGAUCGAUUUUGAAGAAUUUUUUGAAGAGUCUUCGGUUGCUAUCGAAUCAGCCUUGGUAGGUUUUCACCUAGUUUUUGAAGCUAAAAAGUUUCCAUUUUUCACAUUAAAAACUGAUUUCUCUCUUUCAAACUAUUUCAACAUUUUGCUUGGUAAGCUACAUCUUUACCAUUGA